AUGAACAAGCCGACUCAAGAAGUUCAAGUUACGGGCACCGCAGAGUGCGCUCAAACAUCGAAUCUCUACUAUUGGUUACGUGAGGCCAGUGAAGAGGUUCAUCGGCUUAUUGAUAUCGGGGAAUUCUACGACGCCGCAGAUCUCCUGAAAAAGAUCAUGGUUGCCUCGAAACUCCGAAGAAUCCAUAACUCAUACUACUCUGAUCUUGCUGAUCUUGCUUCCACCCGACAACGAGAUGAUGAUGAAGGGGCUGUACCCGAUGGCUUGCGGGUGUUGGACUUUUGGAACGCACUGAACGAGUGCUGGUUUGCCUUCCAAGACGUUCCAGAUAAAGAACUACUCCACGACUUGUGCAGACACCUGGUGGAACUAUGUGUCAAUCUGGAAGCUGAUGAAUUGGUUGAUCACGAGAUGGGAAUCCUCAAGGAGAGCAUCAUGAGGUGUUUCAUCCGCAGGAUUGAUGAAUUAAGCCGUAUCGAAAAGGAGUACAAGAGGCACUUGCACUUUUUGUUUCAGGCCGCCUAUUAUCCGGCAACGCUAGAGAAGUGA